CUUCAUCUUUGAAAGUCUCAACUGGUCCGUCCGGUCCGGUCCAACCGGACUGGUCCUCUGCUGGGGCCAUCUCAAAUUUGCAUUAUCCAAAAAACCCACCAAGAAUCCAUGCACACACACUCAUAUCCACAUAGAUAUCAAUAUUGAACAAGGUUUAAACUUUGUAUUGAAGCUCAAAUUCCGUCUCAAUUUCCAAAUCACAGAAUGGCUUGUCCACUGAGCCCCUGUUCUUCAUCUUCUUCUAAAUUCUCCGGAUCAGCAUUCAAUACUUACCGUACUUCACCAUAUUUUUAUCGACAAUUCCAUCUCAUUUCCAAUGGAAUCCAACAUUUUCCUGAAAGGGUAUCGAAGAUUAGUUGCGGGAUUUAUCCAAGAAACCAUUUUGAGCUCAACUCCUCAAAUGGGUACCCACUAAAUGCGGUUUCUGUUCAAAACGGUAAGGUCCGAAUUUUGGUCUUCUUGGCAGCCUAUGUAUGCUAGGAAAGAUUGUAGUUGUUUUAAAUGAUUGAUGAAGUCGUUUGUGUGGCGUUUUGAUUAAAUUGAUAGCUUUAUGAGACCCAUGAAAAUGAAGAAAAUUAAAUUUGGAAGUCUGUUGUUAGGAAGCCUCUUUCCCAACUUUUCUUUGUGUUUGAAGAUAUCUGGUUCAGUGUGCUGCAAUUGGAAUUAAACUGAGGAAAUGGUGACUUUUAAUUUGCGGAAUUGCAGAUUUGAUGUGAAAAGUUCUAUUCCAGAAAUUUGAUUAGACAAGAAGUCAUAUACUCUGCAACUCUGGAACAUACCGAGUUAACAGAUUUUUUCUUCUUCCUUGAGUCUUUGAAUCCCUUUUUGGCGGCUAAACCUAUGUAGUGGCUCCCAUACUAUUGCAUAUUUUAUGUUGUGCAUUGGUUUUACCCUAUAGGUGAUGGGAAUUCGUUGCAGUUUAUUUCUAAUGCUAUUGAUCAAGUCUGGAUUUUGCUUAUUUGAUCUUGGUUUGUUUAAGAACUAAACCAAAAGACUUACAACAUUUAGAUGGUUUCACGGUCCUUGCUUUGUUUAUUUUGUGUCAUUCUUUCGGUGUAUAUGAAAAAAAUGAAAUUUUUUGAUAAGGUUCAAUGUCAAAGCCUUUAGCAGAAGAAACUCUUACCUCGGGGUCUACAGCAGAGGAGUCCACUCUUAGCAUAACUGUUGUUGGCGCCUCCGGUGAUCUUGCGAAGAAGAAGAUUUUUCCUGCAUUGUUUGCUCUAUUUUAUGAAGAUUUUCUGCCUGAGGUCAAGUUGCUACUUUUUAAUCAUUUUGUUGGAUGUGUUUUUCCUUGCACAUCUAAUUUUUAUCAGUAAUAGAUAAAAUUUAGAUAGUGAACACAUUUUUUAUGGGCUUGGUAGUAUUGAAUCUGUUUGGUUGACUUGAAUUGCAGAACUUUGUUAUUUUUGGUUAUGCUCGCAGUGAAAUGAAUGAUGAGCAGCUGAGAAAUAUUAUUAGCCGAACCUUAACUUGUAGAAUUGAUCAGAGGUGAGACUCUUUCAUGAAUGAUCGCUGUCCAGGUGAAUGGAAUUUCAGUUGACAAUUUAUGUGAAUGGGAGCUUGCAGAGAAAAUUGUGCAGACAAAAUGGAACAAUUUCUUAAAAGAUGCUAUUAUCAUUCGGGUCAAUAUAAUUCUGAAGAACACUUUGCAGAAUUGGACUCGAAGCUCAAAGAAAAAGAGGGUGCUAGUUCAAAUAGAUUGUUUUAUUUGUCAAUACCUCCAAACAUAUUUGUGGAUGUUGUCAAAUGUGCUGGAACAAGAGCAUCUUCAACUAGUGGAUGGACAAGGGUCAUUGUGGAGAAGCCUUUUGGUCGUGAUUCUGAGUCAUCUAGAGAGCUGACCAGAUCUCUAAAGAAAUAUUUGUCUGAGGAUCAAAUAUUCAGAAUCGACCAUUACUUGGGGAAGGAGCUCGUUGAGAAUCUGUCAGUGCUUCGGUUUUCAAAUCUGGUUUUUGAGCCCCUUUGGUCAAGAAAUUACAUACGAAAUGUGCAGUUUAUAUUCUCUGAAAACUUUGGUACAGAAGGACGUGGAGGAUACUUCGACAGCUAUGGAAUCAUACGAGACAUUAUGCAAAAUCAUUUACUGCAAAUUUUAGCAUUGUUUGCAAUGGAAACACCAGUGAGUUUGGAUGCCGAGGAUAUACGAAAUGAAAAGGUCAAGGUUUUGAAAUCUAUGAGGCCCUUGCAACUUGAAGAUGUGAUUAUUGGGCAGUACAAAGGCCAUACAGAAGGAAGUAUAUCCCAUCCUGGAUAUACAGAUGAUCCAACUGUGCCAAAAGGCAGUAUUACUCCCACAUUUGCUGCUGCUGCACUCUUCAUUAACAAUGCUCGCUGGGAUGGAGUUCCAUUCCUCAUGAAGGCAGGCAAAGCUCUUCAUACUAAAAAGUUAGUAAAUCUUCUCUAUUCUAAAUUGAUUCAUUAUGUUCUAGUAUGCAAUUGGAUAAUUAAGGCUCUUGAUUUUUUUGACAAUUACAAAACGCACAGAGCUGAGAUACGUGUUCAGUUCAGACAUGUUCCGGGUAACUUGUAUAGACGAAACUUUGGAACUGAUCUGGAUAAGGCUACAAACGAGCUAGUGCUUCGGUUACAACCAGAUGAAGCCAUAUUUUUAAAGAUAAAUAACAAGGUCCCUGGACUUGGUAUGAGACUGGACCGCAGUGAUCUUAAUCUUCUCUACAGUGCUAGGUAUCGGAAGGAAAUCCCAGAUGCCUAUGAAAGACUCUUGCUAGACGCAAUCGAAGGAGAACGACGAUUAUUUAUCAGAAGUGAUGAACUUGAUGCAGCAUGGUCUCUUUUUUCUCCAGUACUAAGAGAGCUUGAAGAGAAGAAGAUUGCUCCUGAGCUUUACCCCUAUGGAAGCAGGGGACCUGUUGGAGCUCAUUAUCUUGCUGCGAAACAUAAUGUCAGAUGGGGUGAUCUUUCUGGUGAGGAUUAGCAUUAUUUAUGCAUUGGCACGGGCAAAGAAUCUUAUUUGUUGUUGUGAAACAGUAAUAAUUUUCAUUGGGAUGAUUGAAACAGGCAAAAAACAAAAAAAAAAGAAAAAAAAAAGGCAGUAUUUGGGAUGAUUGACAGUAAUUUUCAUUGUUUGUAGUACAAAGUUAUCUUAAAGUUUAACUCACUGUGAUUAAAAAGAAUUUUGAAAGCCUAUGGACAUGGGCAACAAUUAACAAGCCAACAACCACUAUCUAAAAUCACACGAGACACUAUUUAAGUAGUGAUGAAUGCCCAGAGCUGAACUACUA